AUGGCAGGAACAGGAGUUCCGCCAAUCAAUAUCGAGGGCACCGCUGAUUGGUCAUCCUUGAGUAGGAUGAUGAACAGCAAGGGGAUUCAAUUCUCCAAAGCGAGGACGGCGGGUACCAGUGUGAAGGUAUUCACAAAUACACCAGCUGACUACCGUCAGCUAGUCGCACUGCUGGAAUCCAUCAAGCGGCCCUUCUUCACAUAUCAAUUGAAGGAGGACAGGAUGGACCAGAGGGUCAUUCGUGGGCUUCCGAGCGAGAUGUCAGUCAAUGACAUCAAAGAGGAUCUUGUGAGCCAAGGCAUCGCAGACGCCGAGGUUCAGCAGAUGACCUCAAGGACCACAAAGAAGCCACUUCCGCUCUUCCUCGUCAAGACGAAGAUGCCGGAAAAGCUUGCAGAGAUCCAGAGGCUGGCCAUGCUCACGGUCGGCUUCGAGAGGAAGAAAAAGUCUUCCGAGCCCAGCCAAUGUUACCGCUGCCAGCGGAUGACCUUCCACCCAGUUACUGCGCUCCACAAAGCUAAAUCGUUUCAACUUUGCUUUGAAAACGCAAAGGUAAAUCACAGACAGAAGAAAUGCAAGAAUGCAAUUAAGAUAAGGGAACGGCUUACGAAAGGAAACAUAAAGUCUGCAAUCAGGACAGGUGACACUAGUUAUGGGCUAAGAUUUAAAAAAAAUACAGGACACUUCCUGCAAACGUAG